CUCCUUUCGUGAACUUCAAUGAGUGUCAACGAAGAUUUGCAUCAUACUUUCCCUUUGUGCCGCCAAUUGAUGCGAUUAGUAGGCGUAUGGCCCGAUCCAGAUGCUCCUUUGAGUGACUUUGGUCGGCCCAAUUUAAGAUUUAUAGUUACAGUGUGUAUUUUGAUCAUGUACGUAUACGUACCGCAGUUCAUGAAUGCAAUACGUUCUUGGGGUAAUGUGGAAUUAAUGAUACAAUACAUCGCCAGUGUUAACUUCAGCUUUUUGGCAUGUUGCAAGCUGAUCGUCACCCGGUAUCACGGUGAAACCUUGCGGACGCUAAUGACAUCGUAUAGAACCGACUGGAUCACUGCAAAGCGAAACUGGGAACGUAAUACGAUGCUGAAAUUAGCAAGAACUGGCAGAAGCAUAUCAUUCAGCUGUUACACGAGUCUCAUAUGCGCGAUCAGUCUUUACGUAUAUAUCAACCUCUUGAAAUUCUACCGAAACAUAUCUCAGUCUGAACGGAAGUUAAUCUAUCAGUUCGAUUAUCCUUAUGACAUGCAGAAAACUUCAUACUAUGUGAUUACUUAUUUCAUUCAAAUUUCGGGCGGUAUGUACGUGGCAAUGAUCAACUCCACCGUCGAUAUCUUUGUCGCGCUGCUUUUGCUUCACGUUUGUGCGCAGCUGAUAAAUUUACGAACGGCGCUCAACGACUUGGUCGAGAAGCUAGCCGAAAAAUCGAUACCUUCCGCAAAGUUUAAGGAAGGCAUUACCGCCAUCGUCCUACGACACGAGAGUCUCAUCAGGAACGCUAAAACGAUCGAUAAUUGCUACAGCACGGUUUUGUUGGUGCAAAUGAUGGCCGCUACUUUUCAGCUGUGUUUCGAAAGUUUUCAGGUUUACACGGGAAUGAUAGACAAGAAUUCGGAGAGGUCGACAAUUAAAAUAGCUUUCCUUAUAUGCUAUGUCACGCUCUUAUUGUUAGACGCAUACGUGUAUUGCUAUGCAGCUGAAAGACUUUUAAUAGAGAGUACCGCAAUAGCAUAUGGUGCAUACGAAUGCAAGUGGUACGAUAUACCAUCGAGAGACGCGAGGGAUUUAAUGUUUAUCGUAUAUCGAUCUAUGAUUCCAUUAAAACUGACAGCUGGGAAGUUUGGUAUCUUUUCCAUUGAGAUGUUUGGAAUGACAGUGAAGACAUCAAUGGGAUAUCUAUCAAUGUUACUAGCGAUAAACAAUUAGAGAAAAUGAUUUUAUAUUAGAAGUGAUUUUAUACUAAUUCCGCAUACGACUAACCACCACCGUUUAUGAUUAAGUUAACAAUUUAGAUUAAUAACUUUAUUUAUAUCCACUAUAUGCCA